CAGCGCACGCGGCAAAUGCGCCAACCUCACGCGGUUGGGUUUUCGCGGAAAAAAUGGCGGAUAGCCAAACGUAUAUAUAUCGCGAAAGCCGACGCUGAAUCGACCCCCUUCCUUCGUCGUCGUCGUCGUCGUCGUCUCUCUCUCUCUCUCUCUCCCUCCCUCGCCUCGUCAAUGGAGAAUCCUCCUCAAGCGCCGCCUUUCGGGUUCGGAGAUCGGAGGCCCGGCGCCCUCGGCGACCUCUGCGUCCUCCCCGACGAAGUCAUCUGUUCCAUCCUCGAUUAUCUCUCCCCUAGCGAUGUGGCUCGCCUCUCUUGCGUCAGCAGUGCGAUGUACAUCCUGUGCAAUGAGGAACCGCUGUGGAUGAGUCUUUGCUUGAAUUCGAAGAGAUCAGAUAAGCUUCUUCAAUACAGAGGAUCCUGGAAGGAAACCACGCUCUAUUUAGAGAACCUUCCAACCGAGUGCAUUGAAACUUGCAGGAAAAGAUUGCAUUUUGAUGGAUUCAAUUCAUUGUUCUUGUAUCGAAGAUUGUAUAGGUGCCACACCACAUUGAACGGGUUUUCCAUGGAUAGCGGAAAUGUGGAAAGAAAGAAUGACAUAUCUCUAGAAGAAUUUCGCCAUGAGUAUGAUGGAAAAAAACCGGUUCUGCUCACUGGACUUGCUGAUACAUGGCCAGCAAAAACUUCAUGGACCAUUGACCAGCUGUUAUGCAAAUAUGGAGACACACCAUUCAGAAUAUCUCAGCGAAGUUCAAGGAAGAUCCUGAUGAAACUUAAGGAUUAUGUUUCAUACACAAAAGUCCAGCAUGAUGAGGAUCCCCUAUAUAUAUUUGAUGAUAAUUUUGGAGAAGCUGCUCCUGGCUUAUUGAAGGAUUACCGUGUGCCUCACCUCUUUCAAGAAGACUUUUUCGAUGUUUUGGAUUUCGAGCAGCGGCCUCCCUAUCGAUGGCUCAUUAUUGGUCCAGAGAGGUCUGGUGCCUCAUGGCAUGUUGAUCCGGCUCUUACCAGUGCCUGGAAUACUCUUCUUUGUGGUAGAAAAAGGUGGGCAUUAUAUCCUCCAGGAAAAGUGCCUUUGGGUGUUACAGUACAUGUGAAUGAAGACGAUGGCGAUGUCAAUGUUCAGGGUCCAUCAUCAUUGCAGUGGUGGCUGGAUUUUUAUCCACUUCUUGCCGAUGAAGAUAAACCAAUAGAAUGUACCCAACUUCCUGGAGAGACAAUAUUUGUUCCUAGUGGCUGGUGGCAUUGCAUCCUGAAUUUGGAGACAACAGUUGCAGUAACGCAAAAUUUUGUGAAUUCAAAAAAUUUUGAGUUUGUAUGCUUGGAUAUGGCUCCUGGUUAUUGUCAUAAAGGAGUAUCGCGAGCUGGGUUGCUAGCUGUGGAUGGAGGCAUGUCUGGCGAAGCAGAAAUGGUUGAUCUUCGUCAAUUUGAUACCUUGAAUCACUCAGAUUCAACCAGAAAAGAAAAGAGGUUAAGAACCCAACACGGAGACCAGAUGAGCAAUGGCGGAGCUGCAAAUGGCGCAUCCAAAAGUUAUGAUUUGUGGAAGCAAGAUUUCUCCUAUGAUAUAGAUUUCUUGGCUAUGUUUUUGGAUAAAGAUAGAGACCACUACACAUCUCCUUGGAGUUCAGGGAACUGCAUAGGACAACGGGAAAUGAGAGAAUGGUUAUUCAAGCUUUGGGUUGGAAAACCGGAGAUGAGAGAACUAUUAUGGAAGGGGGCAUGUCUUGCACUGAACACAGAGAAGUGGUUGAAAUGCUUAGCAGAAAUUUGUGCUUUUUACAAAUUGCCUUAUCCAAUGGACAGUGAGAGGCUUCCUGUUGGCACAGGUAGCAAUCCGGUUUACCUCAUUGGGGACCAUGUAGUGAAGAUAUUUGCUGAAGAGGGCCUGGAGAAUGCAAUGUAUAGUUUAGGCACAGAGCUUGAAUUCUAUAACUUAGUGGAUCAAGUCAGCUCUCCACUGAGAAAUAACAUUCCAGAUGUUUUGGCUAGUGGCCUUCUUUACUUGGAAGAUGAUGAAUCACUUACUGUUCUGCCAUGGGAUGGUCAAAAGGUGCCUGAUAUCAUUUCAAACUAUAAUCUGAUCCCACCAAAGUGCUCAGUGCAUGGCUUUCCUUUUGGUGUUUGGAGCAAGAAGAGAUACGAAUAUACGAAAGCUGGAAUGUCUAUGAGCGAAUCAAUCUGUUCAGCUAGCUGUUCCAGAAUAUGGCCAUUCAUCAUAACUAAAAGAUGCAAAGGGAAGAUAUAUGCUCAGCUAAGAGAUACACUAUCAAUUCAGGACACACUAGAUCUAGCAGCCUUUCUUGGAGAACAGCUGCGUAACCUACAUAUGUUGCCCUGUCCAUCGUUUGUUUCUCAAAGUUUCUCAGAUAUUGGACAAACAGUGGAAUCACAGGUUACAAAUCAUCAGGUGGAAACUCAUCUUUCUAGUUCAAAAGUUACUGCAGAAUGGAAUAUCUUCCUUGGGACUUUAAGCAGGAAAAAGAUGACUUUAGCAAGCCGGUUAACUAGAUGGGGAGAUCCAAUUCCUAGCGCGCUGAUAGAGAAAGCUGAUGAGUAUAUCCCAGAUGACCUAACGAAGUUGCUUUCCUCGUAUAAGGAUUACCCCAAGGAAGGCUGUCAACCUUCCUGGAUACACUCUGACAUUAUGGAUGACAAUAUUCACAUGGAACCCCGUUCUAUUGAUUGUUACAAUAAUCGAAUUUCGCCUAGAGUUGGCUGUAUGGAUAAUGGAAAUGAUGGCAGUGAGCUGGGACAGUCAUGGCGGCCAAGUCACAUUCUUGAUUUUAGUGAUCUCUCCGUAGGGGACCCCCUUUAUGAUCUGAUUCCUAUACAUCUGGAUGUCUUUCGAGGUGAUUCCUAUCUGUUAAAACAGCUUUUGCAGAAUUACAAGAUCCCCUUGCCGGGAGGCCAACUACAGCAUCAAUCUUUGCGAGAUAUCAAAUACCAGCGGCUGUCGUACCGUGCCAUGUGCUAUUGCAUCUUGCAUGAAGAGAACGUUCUGGCAGCUAUUUUCAGCAUCUGGAAGGACCUCAGACGUGCAGAAUCUUGGGAAGAAGUCGAACAGACGGUGUGGGGAGAAUUGAACGAGUACAAGGGCUUCCCCUGAUCUUAUCUGCAGUCACAACGCAUCAGCCUGAAUUUCCAGUUUCAGAAAUUGCCUGCCACACCAAGACGAUUCCGUCAAAGAUUAAUUAUUGAUUUAUUUGUAAAGAUUCACAGCUCCAUUAGGCAUACCGACCAUGAUUGGCCAGGACUAUUGUACGAUACGAUUUUCAUAUUCCUGCCAAUUGCACCAUACGAUUGACAAAGGAUGAUUUUGUUUACGGGUCGGGGGAAUACUUUUAUUUCGUACUUAUACGUUUAUACAUUUAUAAACUCCUUUCUACUGGAUUAGUUGUGU